UCCCGCCCCUCCAGGCCCCGCCCUUCGAGGCUCCCGAAAGCCCUGCGCGCGCCCUUUGGGCGGCGGGGCUGGCUGGGCUCGCAGAAGAGCGGCCGCGGCCUCUGUGUGUUCUUCGCUUUCAACGUUUCUGGCGGCCGAGUCUCUACCGGUGGCUGGAUUCCAGACCCUGCCAAACAUUUACCAUUUUGGAUUUUAAAGCAUGACAUCAUGGCAAAGUUUCGAAGAAAGACUUGCAUCGUUUUGUUACUUUUUAUUCUAUUUAUUUUCUCCCUGAUGAUGGGUUUAAAAAUGCUGAGACCAAAUAAAGCUGCUUUUGGAGAUCCUUUUGGACUUGACCUUCUUCCAGAAAUUCGUCAACACUCUCAUUUGGUGAAAACUUUUGAUUCCCAAAAGAGUGACAAAAUCAACAGUGAAACAAACAACAAGAAUUUAAAAAGUGUUGAAAUCACCAUGAAACCUUCCAAAGGCUCUGAACCUUACCCAGAAGAACGGCCACCUCUGAAUUAUUAUUUGCAUGUAUUUUAUUACAGUUGGUAUGGAAAUCCACAAUUUGAUGGUAAAUAUAUACAUUGGAACCAUCCAAUCCUGAAGCAUUGGGACCUUAGAAUAACCAAAAAAUAUCCACAAGGGACACACAACCCCCCAGAUGACAUUGGCUCCAGCUUUUACCCUGAGUUGGGAAGUUACAGCUCUCGGGAUCCUUCUGUCAUUGAAACUCACAUGAAACAAAUGUACUCAGCUUCAAUUGGUGUACUAGCCCUAUCUUGGUACCCACCUGAUUCAAAUGAUGAGAAUGGAGACGCUACUGAUUACUUGGUACCAACUAUUUUGGAUAAAGCUCAUAAAUAUAACCUGAAGGUCACUUUUCACAUUGAACCAUAUAAGAAUCGAGAUGAUCAAAAUAUGUACAAAAAUGUCAAAUACAUUAUAGACAAGUAUGGAAACCAUCCAGCCUUUUAUAGGUACAAGACUAAGAACGGCAAAGCUCUUCCCAUGUUUUAUGUCUAUGAUUCCUAUAUCACAGCACCUGAAAAAUGGGCCAAUCUAUUAACCAGCUCAGGGUCUCAGAGCAUUCGCAAUUCUCCUUAUGAUGCAUUGUUUAUUGCACUUCUGGUAGAAAACAAACACAGAUAUGAAAUUCUUCGAGGUGGUUUCGAUGGAAUUUACACAUAUUUUGCCACAAAUGGCUUUACUUAUGGCUCAUCAUAUGAGAACUGGGCUAAACUAAAGUAUUUUUGUGAUCAGUUCAACUUAAUGUUUAUCCCAAGUGUGGGCCCAGGAUACAUAGAUACCAGCAUUCGCCCGUGGAACACUCAGAACACUCGCAACCGAAUCAAUGGAAAAUAUUAUGAGACUGCUCUGAAUGCUGCACUCCAGGCCCACCCCAGUAUAAUUUCCAUCACCUCUUUCAAUGAAUGGCAUGAAGGAACUCAGAUUGAAAAAGCUAUUCCCAAAAGAACCAGAAAUACUGUGUACCUGGAUUACCGGCCUCAUAAACCAAGUCUUUAUCUAGAGUUAACUCGCAAGUGGUCUGAAAAAUACAGUAAGGAAAGAGCAACUUACGCAUUAGAUCACCAGCUACCUGUUUCUAGUGCACUGACUAAAGUUUAAUAAUUAUAGAAAUCAUCUAAUUUGAAUACAUUCCUUUUGUUUUGAGUUAUGGAAAGAAAACUCAAAAUCAGUAUGUACUUUUAUCUCUAAUAAAGAAUUUGUACAUUUUUAAAGUUAGUGAUAUUUGCCAACUUUCACAUUGUUGCACUGAGAGAAUAUCUGAGAGAAAAGUACAAAUAACAUUUCUUGUGGCAUAAUUUGCUAAAUUUCUGACUGAAAUUGAAAUCCUGCUUUGAUAGCUGUUUUUAUUUCACAAUGGGUAAUUGCUUGUGUUACAUAAGUCAGCAUACAGUUAAAACCUACUUGUAAUCUGGGCCCAAAGAAAUAGUACUAUGUGUAUAUUUGGUUUGUCUUUUGAAAAACAAAGAUCUAAAAGAUAAUAUACAUGAUUCAUUUAUAAUUUUUUUCAAUGAUCCAAUCAACUUUCCCACAUUAGCAUACAGACUGGGUAACUCUCCAAUAAUAAUUCUUAAGAAAAAUAAAAUCACAUACCUUAAGCAAUACUGUGAACCAUAUUUUGUUAGGAAGGUCUGCUUUCUGCAGCACAAUAUGUAUCAUCAUUUGCAGAUUUUUUAUUUCCUACAGCAUGCGAGGUGUUUUGCAUGUCUAAUGUUAUAAUGCCUAAUCCAGACUUUAGAAUAAGGAAAAUCCUUUCAUAAAGGUUAAGGAUUGUUUCUCAGUUAUUAACAAAAAAAAUAGCUGUUUCACAAUUAUUAUGACAAUAUAAUGUCCCAAAUAGUAUUUUUAGGACUCUAUCAAUCUUUAACUUGUAAAUCUAUUAUUCAUGUUUUAAACUUCAAUAUUUUAACUUUAAUGUUAUCAGAGACCAAGUAUAAACAUUGAAUUACUUUAAAAUUAAGCUAUUUUUUACUAGAAGUCAGAGAGAAAAUUACUUAGCAUUUUAGAUUUUAAGGACAUAGAAAUGAAAAUUCCUUUAUAUCUUAAAUUCAUGCUUAAAGUUCUUAAUGUUUAAUGCUUAGUGAUGGAAAUAAUAUUUUAUUUAAAAUACAGUACUUUAAAUUAUUGUAUAUAAUAAUAUCCCCAUUUAAAAAUACUACUUGGUAUGGACUUUUAACUUUUUAAAGUUGUUUUUAUGCUACCUAUCAGGUUAAAGACUUGUGAUCAGUUGUUUUCAUAUUGUGAACAAAUUAAUCACCUGUAUGCUAAAAAUGAAUCUCUUUAAACUCAAGACAGUUAAAAGGCAGUCUAUAGUUAAUAUUUGUAGCUAGAAUUAUAGUUUAAAAAGUCUAAUAUAUAUGUACUAGCAUUUUUUAAGAUAUUUAGUAAAGAUAAGUAAUAGGGAAAUACUAAACAAUAAUACAUGUAUGUAUUCAGAGUAUAAAACAUUUCACUUGGAAAUAAAUUAGUGUUGGAAUUGAUCAUGAAAUAACUCCUCAGACAGUGAAAUUCAUUUUUAAGCAGUACUUUUGAGGUAAACUAUCUUUUCUUUAAAAAGAGACAUGAUUACUAUAUUAAACUUAUUUGUAACUUAAGAAUUUGCCAUUUUUUCAGGGAAUAUUCAGACUAUUAGAAAUUAGUAUAGAAGUAAUUAAUCAUUUAUUCUCUAGAGGAAAUUACAAGAAUAAGUCACUAUAAUGUUAUAACUAAGCAUCUUCAUUGGAACACUCAUACAGCUAUAUAACCUGUGGAUUUUUUUUCUUACAUCCAAUUAGCAUUGUAAGUUAUCUUAGGGAUAAACUUUAAAUAUGUCACACCUAAUAAUUUCCAUGAUAUACAUAUUUUAUUAAAUUUUAGUUACAGAGGUAUCUACCCCACAGGGAUUUUUGUCAUUGCUUAAUAUAUAUUUGAACCCACCAUGACAUACAAUUUUAUCCAAUAGUUCUGAGAUUAAGAGAAAGCGUAUAAAAAACAAGGUCAGCAAAUCCUCAACAUGGACACCACCAUUUCUCUCCUACUCCCACUGCAGACACUGAUCAUCUAGGACAGGAGACUUUGCCACUGAGCUUUGUUGUAGUGCCCAACAAUUACCUCAACCAGCCAAAGUUCGAAGUGGGAUAAAAUAGUCUUCAUUGCAAAAAGUUAUUCUUAAGGGAAGAAUGUUUGGAAUCAGCUCACAAGAUAGUUUAUUAGUUUUUAAUUAUUUGAAUAUCAUGUUUCUGUCUUAAAAAAAACAAUUAUUAGAGGAGAUUAUCUCUAAUAAUUUUGUUAUUCUUAGGAAGGAAUGCUUUCAAAAUCUUCCUCAGGUCUUAUUACAGCUGCCUUUACCAUUUGACUUAUAGUAAGUUUAGAUUGAAUGAGCACAAGUAAAUAAAAGCAAAGAAUUGAUUUCUUAAUUUAAAAAACUGUAUGUAGGUUUCAAUUCAGUAAAGUAACUUAAAAGAAAAAGCAGUGUAAUUUAUGCAGUGCAUGAACAUAAUGAAUUUUAUAGUUUAAUCAGUCUGAUUUGACUGUAUAGAAACCAAAUCUUUCUUUUACUGCUCCCUUUAAGGACUGAUAUUGUCAAAAACUGCUGUUAUUAAUGUUGAUCUCAAUUGUAUACUAACUUUUUUUUUUUUACCUUAAGAGUAUGUAAUUUAAAAUGACUAUUUUGUUAUAUGAAGUAGUUAAUUUUCAACUAAUAAAAGCAUACAUGAAAUAAAUCAUAUCAGAUAUAAAUAUAUAUUUCUUUUUAUUUAUACAAUGUUUUAUUUAAUUUCUGAUUAACAGCUUAAAAGUAGUAUUCAGUCAGCACUAUAUAUUUUUGUUACUUGAAUAUGCCUGUAUUUAAAAAUCAGACAUCUUUAAUAAGCCUGUGAAUUUGUGUUAUACACACAAAAAUGUGAUUGUUUUUAAAAUUUGAAAGAUGGCUUAUUUUUUUAAUUCUUUGAGCAUAAUCAUAUUUAGCUCGGCCAUCCUUUAAAAAGUUGACGUUCCCCUAAAACAACAAAAGUAACCAGCCUCCAGAGGACCUACCAUGUUCAUAACCAAGCACUUUUUGAUGAUCACGGUUACUCAAUUUAAACACAAUUACUAUUCCUAUAAACUCUGUAGUGCCUACAGAAACAGUCCUUGGAAGUCCUUAUCUAAAUUUUGAUAAGGUUGAACACUUAUGUCCUAUAGUAUAGGAGCAAUACUUUAUUUACAGUCAGUAAAAUUUCAUAUUUUUAUAAGUAUAUACUAUUUCAGAAUGAAAAAUUGAGUCAGCUUUUUGCCUCAGCUAUUCCUUUUUAAAAAUGUACUUUAAAUUUUAUACUGACUUUAUUAAAUAUCAACAUAAAGGAUAAAUGUGCUCAUAUGCUUAAUUUAAGAUUAUUAUCCUGGAGAACUCAGGUACUACUUUGAAUUACUUACAGAGACUCGGCCUUAGUCAAAUCAAAGAAUUUAGUGGUAGUGCUGUGACAUUCCAACUAUCAGCAAAGAGGGGAAUAUUUUUCAGUGUGAUUAGCUUUUGUGGUUAUUCCAUAAAUUACUAUUUCAUUUAUGAUAUCAAAAGACAAUAAUUUAAGACCUAAUAAGCCAUUAGUCAUAGAUCUAAUAUUUACUAAAAUCAGAAUAUAGAAAUUUUUUCAUAUUGUAUGUUCUAAACUUCAUUUAAGGCAUCAUAUAUUGAAUUUCACAUUUCUCAACUUAUAUUAAAAGAAACAUAAAUAUAACCAUAAAGUAAAAAACCUUGUUAGGUCUAUCCAAUUGAAAUAAAUAUACAAAAUAAUGAUAUACCAUGGUAACGAUAAUUCUAUAUACAAUUCAGCUUAUGGUGUGUGAUUGGAUCAUUAUGCGUUCAUAUUUUUAUUUUGGCUUUUUAAAAGAAUAGUUUAAAAAUCUAAAUAACAAUAUUAUAAACAACUUAAAGUAGCAGUCCUCAGCUACUCAAUAGCAUUUAAAAUAAAUAUCCAUGUAUAAAAGUAUUUUUGAGUCAGUUUUACAAAAGCUACUUUUUUUAAUGGCUGCACCCACAGCACAUGGAGAUUCCUGGCCUAAGUGUCGAAUUGGAGCUGCAGUUGCUGUCUAUAGUACAGCCAGGGCAACACCAGAUCCAAGCUGCAUCUGUGACCUACACCACAGAUUGUGGCAACAUUGGAUCCUUAACCCACUGAGCAAGGCCAGAGACUGAACCCUUAUCUUCACACAGACAAUGUUGGGGCCUUGCUGAACCAUAACAGGAAAUCCACGAAAGCCACUUUCAAAACACUGUAUAUCACAAUGUUAAUUUGAUUAUAGUAUCUAACGAUGUGAGCUUUAUCCUGAUCUUGAAAAUAUGAAAUGCAAAAGAGAAAAAUACUUAGAAGAAAUUCAAUUGUAAUACAUGAAUUACAUUUUAGAAAUUUAUGUUUGAACACAGUCACUUAAGGUAGUAGCCACACUUUGUACAUACUAAAUUUAUAUUUAUUGAAUGCUGUCAUACCAUAUGCCAUUUUAAUUACCCAAACAUAUCAUUCAUGUGCCAGACUUUUAAGCUAUUAAUAUCAAAAUGAAACAGUCAAAUCUGAUUUAAUGUAAAAAGUCAAAUGCACAUCUGAUUGCUCCAUUCUUGAAAAUUUGCUAUGCUGUUGUAUUAAAGUACAUUCUUAAAAAUUAUGCUCCUGAAUUUUUAUAUUGUAAGAAAAAUAUUUGGUGACAGUCAUUAUAUGAACAGUAGUUGAGCUCAAAUUCUGUGUUAUUUUUCUUCAUAUGCACAUUAUGUGUUUGUAGCUAAAGGCUUAAUUUAAUCCUAAAA